UAAUGGCUCUCUGUGAUCUUCCAAGUAUUUUCUUUGUCUGGACUUCAUUUCCCAGAACCCCUCCGCACUGACCAAACUGGCUGAGGCUUCUGGGAGUUGAAGUCUUUUGGUUAAAAAAGCCAAAGCAAUGGAGAAACAAAGAUUGAGAGCCGCUCUCCAGGGACUCACUCUCAAGGAGAAUGUGGCCGUUGCAAUCCGGAUAUGGAAGUUUCCUUAAACUCCGCGAGGAUGUUUGGUCGCCGCCUCUGGUUUUUUUUUUUUGUCGAGCCGGAAGCCGGCCUUCAUGACCCCAGGUAGGGUUGUACAUCCGGGUCAGGGCAAGGACCAGGGAAGCGGUGGCGGUGGCUGCUGCCCCGGCGGAGGUGGACCCCUCCUCGGCGUGGCGUGCUAGGCCCCACCGCCGUCUUCCUCGAUGUGUGCCGCGCGGGAGCUGCGGAGCCGGGCCGGCGGCGCCAACGGUCGCCGGCGCCAACGUUCGAAGCAGAAUUUGACACCGCUGACCAACCACUCAAUGGCUGAUAGCUUUUCAUCUAAAUCUGGCAGAAAGAAAUUGCACCAAACAAUGUCAUCAUCAGAUGCAUCACCAGACUCUAAGUGCCCAAUAUGCUUGGACAGAUUCGAAAAUGUAUCCUACUUGGACCAUUGCUGGCACAGAUUUUGCUUCCGGUGCGUACAGGAGUGGUCGAAGAACAAAGCAGAAUGCCCUCUCUGCAAGCAGCCAUUUCACUCAAUUGUGCACAGUAUGAGAUCAGAAAAUGACUAUAAGGUAUAUACAGUCAAGCCUGCAGAGACUGAUGCCUUUGCCAACCCUGACGGUAGGAGAUUCCGUUACCGAACGACUGUAACAAGGGAGCGUCGCACUUCAGCCUACCCUCGAAGGAAUCCCAACACUAGAAGAACUGCCUCACCUCCUGAUAAUGGGAUCCUAUUCGAAGGCCUGUCAGGCCAGUCAAUGGGACAGCGAGAUGCAGAGAUCAAUCAAAUGAUUAGGCGCCUUCAGUCCAGGCGACAGGCAAACUUGGAAGGCCGAUCCAUGCGUCAAAUUCAGGAACAAGAAAUCAUCAACUUCCGUAGAGCGCUGUAUCGCUCCGGCACCCGUGUCCGAAGCAUCGAGGAUGGAGGGCGAUACCGAGACAUAUCUGCUGAAUUUUUCCGCAGGAAUCCUGCCUGCCUUCAUAGACUAGUUCCAUGGCUGAAGCGCGAGCUCACAGUUUUGUUUGGAGCUCAUGGGUCUCUUGUCAACAUUGUGCAGCACAUCAUAAUGAGCAAUGUUACUAGGUAUGAUCUAGAAAGCACAGCAUUCACUGAUGAACUUAAACCCUUUUUGCUACAUCGGACAGAGCACUUUUUGCAUGAAUUUGUUAACUUUGCCAGGUGUCCUUUUAAUAUAGAAGCAUACGACCAACAUGCAAAUUAUGACUGUCCAGCUCCUUCGUACGAGGAAGGAAGUCGAUCAGAAUCCUCAAUCAUCACUAUCUCUCCAGAUGAGGCUGAUUCCCAGGAAGCUGAACGUAACUCCUUAACAGUCGGUACUGACCAGGCGCCCUGGGAUGAUGAGACUCCUGGUCCAUCCUACUCAAGCUCUGACCAGGUUUGUGCUACGCUGUCCACCACUUUGGAUACUUCGGAAUCAUCUGACGAAGAGCCCUCCACCAACGCAGCAGUGUUGCCAGCGCAGGUACCACCUUCUGUGGAGAGGAACGAGGACAGUUGUGAUUCCCUUGAAAACUGUGUUAUUGUUGGCUAUGUGAAGCCGCUGGCAGAGAGAACACCCGAGCUUGUGGAACUGUCUUCAGACUCUGAGGAAUCUGUUGUUGAUGGCGGGAAAUGUGAAGAAGUUCAGAAAAAAGUGAAGCCCAUCCAGUACCAGAGUUUUAGUGAUACAGAUGCCAGUGGGUAUGCCUCUCCCUUUUCUCUCGGGUCCAGAGAUGGUAGUGCCAGUCGUAAGGUGAAGGUUUCCUCCUCGAGUAAAAAACAAAAUCACAAAAGGAGUGAACAUGACAAAAGUAAAGCCAGCAGCAGUACUUGUUUACAAAAUCCAUCUAGAGAGAGAGAGGACAAUUAUGAUGACAGCUAUGCUUUUACCAAAAAGAGGAAAUCUGAAGUCUACGCACCACAAUUGGACCGAGAACACCGCGGUUUCAAAAGUAAGAACAAGGAUCGUAGCCUGGAAAAACGGAAGAAGAAGAGGGAUAGCAGCAGACACAAGCACAAGAAGGAUAAAAAGAAGUCCAAAACCCGAGACAAAAGCCUCUCUCGCAAAAGCAAAGUUCUGUCUCUGAGCAAUGAGAGCAUCUACUCUCGAGAACUUAGUCGAUCAAGAUCUCGUAGCAAUGAUUGUAACAAAAAUUCAAGGAGGCAAGAUAGUGAUGAUUACUUCAGAGGCCAAUACCACAGCAAGUAUGACAGGAAUGCCUCCCGAGAUUAUUAUGAAUUAUCUUAUAGUAGGCGGAAUCAGUACUCCAGGCAUUCUCCUAGCCCAGAUUAUGGAGUCCGCUCUUUUUACGAGCGAUCCAAUAAUCAAAUUUCAAGAGGUCGCAGCAGAAGUUACUACUAUGGACGGGAUAGAUCAAGAAGUCGGUCCAGCAGCCAGUCUCGCACUCCUUCUCGAGGAUCAGACAGAACGCGAUCMGAGAAACYCAGUGGCAAAAGGAMAUACAAGACCCRYCACCUUGAGAGUAUGCCUAGAGGAAGUGAGGAAGCUGCUUCUGCRUCUUCUAAAAAAGAAAGYAGCAUGUYCGAAAACCUUGURCCAAAGCAUYGGGAACCUUACAAAAGGUCAGCUGGCCUCUUGAACAGUCAGUCAGAAGCUGAYAUCCCACGAAAGAAGGAGAAAAAGACGUCAAGAAGUCCAAGUGUGGAGAUUAUUUAUGAAGGGACAGCCACGGACAUAAYAAGGCGUCAGAAGAGGAAAAGAAAAUGGGAMWGGAAGCCACAYRCAAACCARGUGGGCUAYUCUCCYRUUUCUUCGCCUGUUGUGAUUACAAUUGACAGUGACAGUGAUAAAGCCAGUGAAAUCCAGGAUAAUACUGAGUGUGACAGUAUCAUCUCCUGGAGUCCUUUGGACCCAUUUCCUCCAAAUGAGAAGGAGAUAGAGUCCCCAUCACUACUCUUAGAAGCCAGAGACGACAAAGCUGAUGAAGCUGAAAAUGUGGAGAAGGAACACAGUGAGACUCCCAAAAGGGACGAUGUAGUAGAUGAAACUCUAAGUGGCAUUGAACCUCUAAAUGGAGUUGAAGAGCUGCAGGAUCCAGAUGGCAGGCAUGCACCUUCUGCGGCAGACAAUAGCAAGGCUUCGUCUGAGCAGAGCAAUGGAGAAACUGAAUCUUUCUGCUGCUUGCCAACUCACAAAGCGUCCUUGCUCUUACACCUCUCAAAACAUCUUCAUGAACAAUCAUGUGAGCUGGACACGUCAGAACAAAAUCUAUAGCCUUGUAAACAAAAUGUUUUGUGAUAUGAUUCUUUUUUUAAAAAAUACAGGCUUUUCUUAAAAGCACCAAACUUUGUCGUUUGUGUGCGAAGACUGAUGAAAUUACUUCAGUGUGAAGUAUGUGUCAUCUUGAAUUUUUGUACUUCAAUCAAAAGGGUGCAAUAUUCCUUGUUAUUGCCACCCCCCAUCUUUUGCAGACUGUAUGUUAAAUGUUUCUUGUGCCACAACAAUAUGCUGUGUUUUCCCCUAUGUAAUAUAAACUCACCAUAUUUCUCUCUUUUUUAAGUAAAUUUAGAAAAUAAGACUGUUUUCAUGUGAAAAUCUGGGGGAAAACAAUUUUGCUUGUUUUGAGCUUAAUUUGUAAUGUUCUGUGUUAAGGAAAAUUUAAAAAACGUGAACUUAGAAAAUUUUAUUGCCUUUAUAAAAAAUAAAAAUUGGAAAAAAAUCUUUCUUUUUGCUAUAGGCUUAAUCUGUAUAGUUCACUGCUUUGUGUUAAGCCUAGGACAUUUUUUUCUAUCAGGGAUUUUUCUCUUUUUUUUAAAUGGCUGAUCUGCCUUUCUGCUGUUUCUUUCUUCUCAAAGAAACACUUGCUUGCUGCUUCUCCCUCUUCUCUGCUAUGUCUCUUAAGCAUAUAUGUAAGGUUUAUGUAGGCUGUUAUUUAUGUACAUACUUCACAAAAGCUUUGAAAUGAAGACUUUGUGAAAAUUCUUUGAAAUGUAUUCUCAAAUAAAGAUUAAUUUAUUUUUCUUGCACAA